AUGUUUAGAGUUCGUGGGGUUGGCCUCCAGGCCCCCCGCAGCAGCUUCUAUAGCUUACCGCUGCUGCAGGCAGCUGCUGCGCUGCAGGCUGGGGUCGCCACCGUUUGUUGCUGCUGCGGUGCAUGCGCUGCUGCUGCUCCUGCUGCUGCUGUAUGCAGCAGCCCCUCCAAGUAUGCCCUUCCCCGCCGCAGAAGCAACUACUGCAGCAGUCAUGGGGGAGCCGCGCCCCCUCUAGAAGCAGCAGCUGCAGCAGCAACAGGAACAGCAGCAGCAGCAGCUGCUGCUGCUGCUUCUGGACAGCCCAGCGCAGCUGCCCUGGCGGCGCGUUGCUGCCGCCUGUUUAGCAGCAACAGCAGCAGCCGCUGCAUAAGCACCAGCAGCAGCAGCUGCAACAGCCGCAGCAGCCGCCGCAGCAGCAGCAGCAGCAUUUGUUCUGCUGCUGCUACGCAAGAAGCCUUCGGGUGUAUGGGCAGCUUGCAGCAACGGCGCAGCGUGCGAACCGGCUUCUUCCGCAGUGACCCCGACUUUAUUGAUCCAGAGAAAGUCUUGACAGCUUCCUCUGGCUGUCUAUACGCCCGCUAA